AUGAAUUCAAUUUAUACACAUUCUAAUCAUUAUUAUAAUGGACUUUUAGAACAUUCUAAAAGAAAUUCAUACGAUGCUAUAAACUUUCCAUUGAAAACAAUUAAUGAACGUAAAUAUGAUAUGGAAGAUGGAGCUGGAUUUGUACCAGAUAAUUAUGGUAAUCAUGGUAACCACGAUGAUGAAGAUUAUGAUUCAUAUCAUAGUAAUAAUUAUGAUGAUGGUGAAGCGCAUAAUUAUGGUCAUGUUAAUUUAGCAGAACAAUCAAUGAAGAAAUUAAAAGAGUUAAAACGUCGUAAAUACAAUGAAUAUUAUAAAGGUGAUGAUGAAGAAGAGAGCGAAAAUGGUACUGAAGAACCAAAUCAACAACCAACUGAAGCACCAAGACUUCCACCCCCAUCAAAUUCUCUCGCAGAGUAA